AAAUAAGUCAACAAGAAAUCAAAGAAAAGGAAAGCGAGCGUUGGCAACUCCUUCUCACCUGGAAUUCCCGGGUCGAUGGCACGUAUAUAUAGAGGGAACUCGGCUGCAUGUCUAGAUAAGAAGCCUCACACCGGCAAAGGAAGUUUUCCAGGAUGGCUCGUAACAUGGCAGUGACCUCCCUCCUCGUGGCUCUGUGCCUCGUUGUCGCCGUCACGGGACAUGGUUUCGGUGGUGGUGGCUUCCAUCGCCCAAUUGGCUUUGGAGGUGUCCAUGGAGGUGGCCUUGGAGGAGGCAUUGGAGGUGGCAUUGGAGGAGCAUUGGAGAUUGGAGGUGGCCUAGGACUCGGAGGAUCUGGCUUCCACGGUGGUGGAUCCUUCAACCCCGCUCACUUCCCUGGACUUUUGCCCGGCUUCGGCUUCUACAACACCCAACCCGCGUUCGGAUUCAACAAGUGCAAGUACUGGUGCAAGAGUUCGUUCACCCGACAGUAUUACUGCUGCCAACAGUCUUACUAUGGAUAAACUCACAGUUCAGUUUGUACCGACUUUACUGUGGACGAACUGGAUUGACUUUUGUUGACAAAAUUGUUUGAUGUUUCUCAAAUAAAGUACAUAUAAUCAGU